AUGGACAUCGAGUCGAAAUCACAAGAGGAUUCUGCAUCGAUUCUGCAAACAGUCACUGAGAGUAAAGAAACAGAUCACAUUUCCAAAACAAUGGAGAAACUGAAUAUAGCUGAAUCGUCUUCAAGCUUUAAGAGAAAACCAGUUGUCAUCAUUGUUGUAGGAAUGGCAGGGAGUGGAAAAACUACAUUUCUUCACCGCCUAGUUAGUCACACAAUGGCGUCAAAUAUUCAGGGUUAUGUUAUCAAUCUUGAUCCCGCUGUCUUGAGUCUUCCAUAUGGUGCAAAUAUUGAUAUAAGGGACACUGUUCGGUACAAGGAAGUCAUGAAGCAAUUCAAUCUUGGACCCAAUGGAGGAAUUCUGACUUCGCUUAACCUGUUUUCAACAAAGUUUGACGAGGUUAUAUCCGUAAUCGAGAAACGAGCUGAUCAGCUGGACUAUGUUCUGGUUGACACUCCUGGCCAGAUUGAGAUUUUCACUUGGUCUGCAUCUGGAGCGAUUAUUACAGAAGCUUUUGCUUCAACAUUUCCUACAGUGAUUGCUUAUGUUGUUGAUACGCCACGCUCAGCAAGUCCAGCUACCUUCAUGAGCAAUAUGCUAUAUGCCUGUAGCAUCCUAUAUAAGACCCGGUUGCCGAUGGUACUGGUGUUUAACAAGACAGAUGUGGCUCGACAUCAGUUUGCCCUGGAGUGGAUGGAAGAUUUCGAAGUAUUUCAUGCAGCACUAGAUUCGGACCACUCUUACACAUCAACCCUGACCCGAAGUCUCUCCCUUGCUCUGGAGGAGUUCUAUAAAAAUCUCAGAUCUGUUGGGGUGUCUGCAGUGUCUGGUGCCGGAAUGGAUGCAUUCUUUAAGUCCAUUGAAGCCAGCUCCGAAGAGUACAUGGAAACUUACAAGGCUGAUCUUGACAAGAGACGGGAAGAGAAGCAGCGCUUGGAGGAAGAACGUAGAAAGGAAAACAUGGAUAAGCUGAGAAAAGACAUGGAGAAGUCCAGGGGGGAAACUGUGGUAUUGAACACUGGUUUGAAGGAUGUAAAACCGGACAAUGAGAGCAUGGUGAUUGAUGAAGAUGAAGAGGUGGAAGAUGAAGAUGAAGAUGAUGAUUAUGGUAGGUUCAGUGAGGAUGAUGCAGAUGCCAUAGAUGAGGAUGAAGAUGAAGACGAAGAAGUUACCAAUUUUUCGUUUUGA